AUGGAAACAUACGCCACUCAAAGGAAAGCCUGGUUGGUCGCCAAGAAGAGUCUGAAAAAGAGAGCUUGGACAAGAGAAGAAGAUGAUCGGUUGUCCCAGUGUGUCAAAUUUCAUGGAGAAGCAAGAUGGAGAUCGGUCCCUGCUGAAGCAGGACUCAACCGGUGCCCGAGGAGCUGCAGGUUGAGAUGGUUGAACUACUUGAGGCCAAACAUCAAGCGAGGAAAUAUUACAGAGGGGGAGGAAGAUUUGAUUAUCAGACUUCACAAGCUCCUCGGCAACAGAUGGGCCCUGAUUGCAGGAAGACUCCCUGGAAGGACAGACAAUGAAAUCAAGAACUACUGGAAGAAUCGUCUAUCCAAGAAGAUCAAACCACAGCAACCCCAGCAGAAAAAGGCAGUGUUCCUUUGCAAGCCUGACACCGUCGAAGAGAAGAAGGGACUAACAGAAAUCAGUGGUGCUGGUGGUUCUAAUUGUGAAUUAACAGUUGAACCAACGAUGACAGCUGAAGGUGGCGUAUCUUCAAACGCGUUCAACAUAGAAGAGAUUCGGAGUGUGGGGGACACCACCACCGACUGCUGCUUUUGGAACUCGAGAGCCGAGGAAGGAUCGACAGGGUGCGGCUGCAUCAAGCAAGGCACGCCUGCAAAUGAAUAUGGCAUGAACAGAUUCGAUUAUAGGUCCUUGAACGAUUACGAUAUAAGCAUGGAGAUGAACUUGGAUUCUGAUAUUGAUUUUCAAUCGUUCAUCCGUUCAAUGUGCUGUGAGGAAGCAUGA